UCGUUGCUGCAGCCCGUUUGGGUCUUGAUCUGGCCGCCGUCGCGCUCGCUGCCUCCUCGCCGCCCCUCUCGCCGAGAGCGCCGUCCUGGCCAUAUGCCGGAUCUGCCCCGCCGCCGUCCAUCGACUGCCUUCUCAUCCCUCUCUCUCUCCUCUCUCCCUCUCUGGCCAUCAUCGCCCACCUGCCGCCGCCUCCUGUGGUCCAUCCAUCUUCCUUCAGUCCUGCUCGAUCCGUGCACAUGAACCAAAUCAGUCUGCUCCCUGGCGAGCACAUCGUCUGGACCGCGACGGGUCAUGUUCGGAUAUGGGAGGCGGCUUCGGAUAAGGCUGCCUCGGCGCUGAACGGCACAUCCUCCUCGAACGGCGCAUUUGAAAUCUCCAGCAACAGCACCACCACCACACGCGGCUCCGAUUUCGUCAACAUCGUCUCGCUCGCCACCGUCCCUGCCGCUCCGCUGCGGUUGCAGGACCCGUAUGCAUUCACCGAACCGGCUGGGCGGCGGUCCAGAGCCUCGCCCGCUGCCGCGCAUAAGCUCGUCCUGACCAACUACAAGAUUUACUCGCCCGCGAGCCCGCUCGGCAUGACCAAGGAGCUCUACAUACCCGUCAUGGCGAUUUCCCAGGUCGAGCUCGGCCAUUCCGAGGUCACGCUCACGCUGCGGUUCCUGCCAACAAAGUACAUUAUCCAUUUCUCGGGCCAUCGUUCCCUUUCGACCAGCGCAUCUGAUUCGCUCUCGCUCUCGCACUCGGCCAUGGCGUCCUCGGGCUCCUACAACUCAAAGACAUGCACCGACUUUUACCAGCAGCUGCUCAGGGUCAUGAAGCCCUCUGGCCCGCUCGACGAGACCUUUGCCUUCCAGAUUGUGCGCCACCUCAAGAACCAGCCCAAUCCAAAUCUGCUGUCGCCCUCAUCGUCGCCACUGAACGAUGUCAUCUUUGCAGACGAAGACAAGGUCGUGCGGGAUGUCUUCCAGGACUGGUGGACGCUCGAGGACCACUCCUCAACUUCCCUGGAUCCGUCUGCCUCCAAGGCUAACGGGCUCGAUCGGACAUCGAGGCAGCUGAACGGACCGGGAGGCUCUGUCAAGGGUGGUCCAAAGGCACCCAAGCUGGAUCUCGGCUGGGAAGGUGGCUACAACUCGGCCAAAGAGUUUCAACGGAUGCGCUUCGGGAAGAACUGGAUGCGGUGCUUUGUCAACCACGAUUUCUCCGUCUCGACGAGCUACCCAGCAGUUCAUAUCGUUCCCGUGCCGUCAUCGUCCUAUGCCAACUCACCGCUGUCCCCCCAAAACCAACUCACCUAUCCACCUACGCCCUUCAAUCUCAUCAACCAGACCUCUGCCGGAAACGUGCGGAGUCUGGCCAAUCUCCAGUUUUUCCAGUCGCUCAGCAGCUAUCGGGUGCGAGGGCGCUUUCCGAGUGUGUGCUGGAAGAACGCCGCCUUCCACCAAGUGAUUGUGCGGUCGUCACAGCCGCUGACCGGGAUCCUGGGCAAUCGCUCGGCCCAGGAUGAGCUCUUGAUCUCGGAAAUCAUCAAGGCGGUGCAGCAGGACUACCGAGCCACCUUUUGCCAUCCAUACGACGACUUUGACGGCGCCAAUGAGGGCGGAGCGAGCACGGCCUCGGGCUCGACCGCCGGUGGCAGCAGCUAUCCGCCGUUCUGGAUCUUGGAUGCUCGAGGCUUUGCACAAGCCCUCGGCAACAUCGGAGUUGGUGGUGGAUUCGAGAACACAGCCAACUAUCCGCCUUCGACGCAGCUGGCAUUCCUCAGCCUGCCCAACAUACACACAAUCGCAACAUCGCACCAGAAUCUGCUCAAGAUGAUAUCGACGUCGACGUCGCCGACAGUGUGGUCCAACGCAUUGGAGUCCUCGGGUUGGAUCACGCACGUCAUUGAUCUCCUCAAAGCCGCUGGCGGAAAAGAUGGAAUGAUCGGAAAGAUAGUCGACUCGCGAGCUAGUAUCCUUGUGCACUGCAGCGACGGAUGGGACAGAACCACGCAGCUCGUUUCGCUGGCACAGAUUCUGCUCGAUCCGUACUACCGCACAAUCGAGGGCCUUCGCGUCCUGAUUGAGCGCGAGUGGGUGGCCUUUGGACAUCCGUUCAAUGCCCGAAACGAGUAUCCGCCCUUAUCGCCAACGUCUCAAAGCUCUCCGGGGGGCGGCGGGUCUAGCAGCCACUCGCCCUAUUCUUCGGCUUCUACUUUGGCUGGCGGGGCUGCUGGCAUGUUUGGGUCGAAUCCGAUUUCUGCCAGCAUAGCCAGCACAAAUCCGACGCAGAUACCGCCAGCGGCGUCUCCGAUAUUUAUUCUGUUCUUGACGUGCUUGCACUAUCUGGUUAUGCAAUAUCCCAACGACUUUGAGUACAACGACCGGCUACUGGCCUUCUUGGGCCGCGUUGCCUCCGGAUACGGUAGCUACGGUGACUUUUUAUGCAACAAUGAGUACGAGCGACAGAGCAUCAACCUCCGCGAACGAACGCUCUCGGUGUGGCACACCAUCAAGACUUACUCGAUCACAUUCAAGAACGUCAAUUAUCAAAAGCCGCUGCCAUUGUGCACAUGCAAGCAGCCCUCGCGGAACAGCUAUUCCCACGACCGGUUCUAUCCGUACGAUGAGCAAGAAUCGAUGCACGACCUGCACUACCCGUCUCACCACCACCAUGCGCCACCCAGCUACCCGUCAUUCAGCUUUCAUUCGGCGGACAUGUCCCCCGGCUAUUCCCACCCGUCUGUGCCGGCGGGCACCGCAAAGCGCUGCACGUCGACACACUGCUGCUACGAAGUGUGGAUGCAUCGACAUGUCUUGAGGCCGUCCUUCAGCCAGCAAGUGCUGUCGUCGUUUACGCUAUGGGAGGAGCUGUACUUUCCCGAGCGCAACCCGAUCCUGUGGCGACUCAAUUCCAAGGUCCUUACCCUGGGCGACGAUUGCGUGCCAGCGAUGCAGGAGUCCAAGGAUGUCGAGCCGCAGUCCCUCUCGCCGUCCAUCCUGCGCAUCAUCCUGGACAGCCCCUUCAGCUUGUCGCCGCAGCUGAACCUGGCCGAGAUUGUGCCCUCCAAGGUCCUUGCCCAAGUCAACCAGGCCAAAGCGUUUGUCAAGAGCCGGCUCCAGAAACAAAAGCACCAAGCCUUCCAGAUGUGGCUGGACUUUGUGCACGAGCGGCGGAGAAACAAGUGCCUGGCCGAGUCGAUUGUGGACCAGAUUGUCGACACGGCAUGGGGCGUCAUCGAAGAGAAGCAGCGCGAGGCCGAAGAAACCAACGAGGUCCUGGAGUUUAUUUACGGCGUGGAGGCCUGCGGCUCGGUCGAGCUCGCCAAGGAUCUGGGCGAGAGCCUUGUCGGCAGCCUGCGGGGCGUCUUUUUCGGCCUCGACUCGCAGAUGAGCUUCUCCGAGCCAUCCAGCGACCACUUUCCGCGCUACCACCGCAUGGGCUGGCGCAACGGAGGAGCAAACAGCAUCUCGUCGUCGAUCUACGACGUCUCCGAGUCGCACUGCGGCUCGGGAUUUGCCGGGGUGCUCAAGUCGGAGCUGCGCCUGCAUCACUCGCCCCCUGGUGCUCCCAACGGCUACCACGGCUCCGAAGACUGGGUCGAUGUGCCCGACGGGCCCAGCUUCUCGGCACGGGCCCGGGACAUGCUGGUACAGCUCGCACACGAAACCGGGCCCGAGGCACGGCUGGAGGAUCUGUCGAUCUCGGACCUGCGUGGCGGCAAGCUGAGCGUCUGCUGCGGACAGGGCCAGCCCGAAGACCUCGAGUGGUAUCUACGCGAUGCCAUUGAGGACCUGAUGGGAUCAUAGCGUCGUCGGGACUGGUGUCUCUCGACACACAUCCCCCCUCAUCCUUGGUUCUGUCAUCGCCGCGUAUAUCUUUGAUUGUCCGUCCCCUCGCUUUGCUUGCUCAACACCUUGAUCAUGCGCAUUGACAUGGUGAAUGUCACUCCCGUCUCGAUUUCAUUCGUGGCUGCGUUGUCGGCCAAUAUCCUCGGUGCACUCUGGAAGAACAAGGAAUACCCAGACCAGUUCGGAGUCAGAGCUCCAUCGCGUUUCCGCCACGGUUGAGCGCAAGAGAGCUGGGCUGUUCAAAUCGAUCGGUGAUAUCGCAAUGAACGAUGUGUCUGUCUGGAGGCCAAAA